AUGGCUUCUCAAGAACGAAAAGAAAAAUCAACGACUACUGAAGUUAACAAUGACGAUGGAGAUCUUUCAGUCCUACAAGGAUUUCCCUUCUUCGCUAGGCUCCCGAAUGAGAUAAAGGAUAUGAUCUGGCAUUUCGCGCUCUUUCCGCAGCUUAUCAGGAUUGAUCUGGAAGGUGGCAAUACCGCAGUUUGGGAACAUCCCAAGUGGAACAGCAGGACAGUCUCAACCAAAAGCUUGAACAGUCCACUAAGCAAGAUGUAUGGCGAUCACUACAUGUUCGUCAUGAAUGUAGGCUAUUCUUCUAAGGGCGGGCCUCGGGUAACACCAUCGUUUGCUUUUCGCCCACAGCAUGAUACACUUUAUUACCCAGAACUACUCACCCAAUAUCAUGUGUUCUGGGGUGGCGCAUUCGUGAAGCAACAAGAGUACCAACAACUAGAUAUUCGCGACAGUAAUCGACGACUAUUUCUGAGCGAGAUACAAUCAAUUGCUAUUGGAGGUGUGGUGCAGCGAUUUGAAGCGGAAAAUGUGCCGAUUACUGAUCACAGCUCCUUCUAUCGUGUCCACUAUAAAAAGGGCUGGGCCUUGGGGCUUGAUCGAAUAAUUAGCGGUUUCCCGUGCCUCGAAGAGCUCAUAAUCGUCUCGCCCACUAUCGAACAACUUUCAGCUUCUGCAUCAGCCCUGAAGGAAGCAAGCAAAGGCCGCCACGGUCAAUUCCUGAGUACCGAUCCAGCAGAGUGUCAACGCCUUAUCGAGGAACAAAUCAAGCUCUUUGAGUCAUAUCUAAACGCUGAAGGGAAGAAGCUUUUCGAGAGGCAAAUGAAUCAUUCUUACCUUGAGCCAAGAGAGCCGAGUCAUCCAAAGAUCUCAGAAUGGUGGAAAGACCCCGUUGUCAAAUGGAUGACGGAGCUAGAACUUAAGGCUCGAUUCGGUCUGAAACCCGACUCUCGAGACUUGGAAUCCUGA